UGAAUAUUGAACAACAAACAUUUCUUUCGAAUAACAAUUACUAUAACUAAUAAUUCAAUUAAUGUUUUCUUAUUUAAAAUGCGCUCAAACCUUAAUGCAGUUAUUGAAUCGGCAAUCAUGUUUGACUACUUGAUUCUAAUGGUUAUGAUGAUUGAUGGCAUAGAUUGUGGCCGUUACCCGUAUAAACCAUUAUACGGUUUACCGUCAGAAUGUUUGCUGGAGCAACACAAUCGUUUCGAUCGUUGUGAAGUAGACGCAAUCAAGUAUUAUAGUUUAGAGUUGGAUCAUUUUUAUACCCAAACUGACCCAUUCUGUUGUUUUGUAUGGGAUACAUUGCAUUGUGAAUUGGAUGUAGCCACUGUAUGUAACAAAACAUUUGCAAAUCAAUUAAAACAAUCAACAUUGGAUCGAUUCCAAUCAUUCUGUGCUAAGGUGGUCGGCUAUGAUGAUAUUACAAAUUUCUUUUCCCGUUGUAAAACAUAUAAUGUUCGUGCAUUUUUUCAAGGUGGCCAUUGGUAUACCUCCAGGUACUUGAACUUUGGCUUAUUAGGAUUUGCACUUGCUUCUUGUGUAGUAGGAAUUUUUAAAGGCUGUCACUUUCAAUUCCCAAAAUACAAUGAGAAUGCCCCAAACAUGGCAAUUCUAUGGAAUAACAUGUUUAACACAUCAUAAUAUAACUAAAUAGAGUGAAUCUUGUCCAAAUAAAUCUUCAAUAAUAAUGGGGGUGCUAUUUUCAAUUGGCAACAAACAAACAAAUC